AUGAACGGGACACCGCGACCACGCCCCGGCGGGUUCCCGUCAACGCCGCAACACCAGCAACAAGCUCCCAGUACCUCUUCCACAUCGCGGCGACCAAAUGUCAACACACCCUUACCAGAUGUGCCGCGACCGUCGGCGCCACCACAACAGUCCGGCCCUUGGAUACCCGCCAACAUCAUCGAUCCAGCGCAACAGCGUCUCUACGUAUGCUCGAUAUACAUCGCACUCUGGGGAUGGAAGCUGUACGAUUUCUACAACUUGUCCAUAGACGAGGACGAGUCCGUAUGGUCUUGCAUGAAGUGGUGCGGUCUGGACAUGAUCUUUUUCAUGCUGGGCGUACCGCUGCUGGACAUUCCCUGGUUGCAAUGGAGCACCUCUACGUCGUUCCUUCUCUUCCUCGUCCACUCCGCGCUGGACGUCAUGCUCAUGUUUCGCAUUGGAAUACCCGUACAAGCUUGGUUCCUCUCGCUGGCUGGCUUCCUGUUCGACAGCGAGUUGGCUAUCAGUGAACGCAGUGUCAAACCAGGUCCUAUUCUGCACAACGCGUCCCUAAUAUUAGGCAAGCAAAUCAUCAACAUCCUUCCCGAAGGAUCUGCAGUGUUGAAUCCCGACAAGCUCUCCUUCUGUCUGAACUCCACCGUUACCUCGCUCGAAAUCCCGAUCCUCAUCAAUCAGACCGAGCCGGUGGAGUUGGAUCUCGUCCACCUCGACUUUGACACGAACCAGAAUGAGACUAUUUCAAUCAGGAAGAGCGAGCUUAAGGGGCUAUUGAGGAAGGCACGCAAGGCUGCAAAAAGGACAGAGCCUGAAGACCCACUUCUCCUCCUCUACACUGUGAAAAAGCCGGGUGUCUACCUGCUCAAGAAGGUCGUCGAUCAGUCCAAGCUUGAGGUGCGUCCCAGGAGCACCAAUGCAAUCGUUGUGAAAUGUCCACAGGCACGCGUGAAACCGACCAGAGACAGACGGUGCCGUAACGAUCUCUCCAAUGUUGAGCUGGAAGUGGCAGGUGUACCGCCUCUUUACGUUAAGUACCGUUUGACCGUCGAUCGUCAGCCACGUGGGGGAUCUGAGUUCCAAAACUUGCAACCAGACGAGUUUGUAUCUCCACUGUCUAGACAUACGUCGCAAGCAUUGGUGAAGAGCGGAAGGGAAGACGUCUCAUGGGCACGUUCCCAGAAGGUCACCGUGCCAUUGAACGAGACCUUGGCAACUGGAAGUGGUUGGGAAUACGCUGUGGAAGAGGUCCAAGACGGGCUCGGGAAUUCAAUCAACUUCCUCGGUAACGAGGAUGAAGACCACCCGAAGACCAAGACCGCCGGCACUUACCAGGGUUUCGAAGUCCACGAACGCCCGAAGGUGUUUUUCAAGGGGUGUAAUCCGCAAAACCCCAUGCGAGUGGCCAAGGGCACUCGGGAGCCUUUGCCUCUUGCUUACGCAUCCACUGGAAAAGGCCGGGUCGAAGCCCCGCAUACGGUUCAGUGGCUCUUUACGGCUGAAGCGGACAUUACUGCGGAUGGGCACCAUAGCGCAGAUGCAGUGAUAAAAGAAGACACCGUCAAGCCUGGCAUCGAUAAAAUCCAUGCAUCGGAUGCUGGCCUGUACACGCUCAGGUCUGUUUCCACAGAAUUUUGCGGGGGUGACAUACUUGAGCCUACCUCGUGCUUAGUACAGAACCCACCUGAGCCCGAACUUCAAUUGGCGAGCGAAGACAUUAUCGACAAAUGUGCCGGCAAUCCUACCGGUCUACAUGUCGGCAUGGAUUUUAUCGGUACGCCACCGUUCUUUGUCAGGUACACAGAGCAGCGGAAGGGUUUUAGAGCGCAACCUCGUGAUGUACAGAUCGGUUCGCUCAGAGGUAGCAUCGAUCUGGCGCCAGAGGUUGCUGGGCACUAUACAUACACGUUCAAGUCCAUUUCGGAUGCGAUAUACAAAGAUCGUCCUCUGCAAAACCUCGUGCUGCAGCAGGACGUAAGGCCUCCCGCCUCUGCCUCCUUUAUCGAAGAGAACAGACCUAAACAGGCCUGUAUCGAUGACUACGCCGAGUUCGAUGUAAAACUCGUCGGUGAUGGACCUUUCAAGCUGGAGUACGAAGUAGUGCACAAUGGUAAGCGCAGCAAACAGACGGUCGAUGUCGAUGGUGAGAAUUACACCAUCAGGACGCCGAAACUGAAGAACGGCGGGGAGUACACGGUAGCAUUGAUCAGCAUCAUCGAUGGCAUGCAGUGCAAGGAUUUCCUCAAAAACCAAGAGGCCAAAGUACAAGUCCGACACGAACGUCCUAAAGCGUACUUUGGUCUGGUGGAUGGAAAACAGUCAGUUAUGGCGCUCGAGGGCAGGAAUGUGGACCUCCCUCUUCGUCUUUCUGGAGUUGGACCCUGGAGCGUUGAAUACGAGAACCUUGACACCAACCAAAAACAGAGGGUUCACGUGUCGGGUGCUAAUGCUCCUCUCUCUAUCACCCAGCAGGGUACAUAUCACCUCCGAGCCGUCCGUGACUCAGUCUGCCCUGGUUUCGUCGAAGAGAAGGCCAGUACGUUCAAUGUGGGCUGGAUCGCCCGACCACAGAUUAGCAUCCCAGAGACUCCGUCGAUCAUCUUCCAAGAUGGGAGAUACGUCAAGGAUGCUGUUUGCGAGGGCGACGAAGAUUCUUUCGAAGUGGCCCUGUCAGGCAACGCUCCAUUCGAUGUCUCGUACAAGCAGGAAUACAAGGCCAAAGGCAAGACCGCUGCACCUCGCGACAAAACCCUUCGCGCGCUGGGCGGAUUGACAACCAUUCGUGCCGACACGUCUAAUGCAGGUACCUACGAAUACACGUUCCACAAGCUCGCCGACAACCGGUAUGACCACUCGAAAAAACACUUCAAGUCGCUAGUCGUACAACAAACAGUGAAUCCGCGCCCUUCAGCACGCUUCGAUACACCAGGUAAGACGUAUAGCUACUGCAGUCGUGAGUCCGAUGGUGAAGAAGUUAUCCCCAUGACUCUCGAAGGCCAAGCACCCUUCUACCUAGAACUCGAAAUCAAACAAGCCGGCAUCCCCAAGCCAGAGGUCAGCGUCCACAGAGAUAUCCGCACCAACAAAUUCGAUCUCAAGAUCGAGCACCGGAAGCUCCAUCUCGGCGUCUCCUCUAUCACCAUCCGCAAAGUGCGCGACGCCCGCGGCUGCGCCUUCAAGCCCUCUACCGCCAGUCCCCGCGUUCAAGUCAGCGUGCACGACGCGCCGACCGCCACUGCCCUCGAGGAGCGCGCAGACUUCUGCGUCGGCGAGCGCCUCAGCUUCGCCCUCAGCGGCCAGAACCCCUUUACCGUAUACUACACCUUCAACGGCGAAACGCGCAAAGCGUCCAAUGCCGCCACGACAUUCCGCCGCCUAGCCGAGCUCCCUGGCACCUUCACCAUCACGGGCCUACGCGACUCGGCAUCCGACUGCCUCGCGCCGCUCGACCUCACAAAGCACAUCCAUCCCAUCCCCUCAGUCCGUCUCUCCGGUGGACAGGUCUCCUCCGUUGACAUCCACGAGGGCGGAAACACCGACUUGCAUUUCCAGUUUGAAGGCACGCCGCCAUUUGAGUUCACCUACACGAGAUCUACGAAUGCGGCGCGGGGGAAGAAGAGUAAGGUCUUGGAGAUAAAGACAGAAAUUAGCCAUGAGAGGGAGAUGUUUGUGCCUGUGCAGGAGGAGGGGACGUACGAGGUUGUAAGUAUAAAGGAUCGGUGGUGCGGAUUUGCGAAGCAGGUCGAGGGAGUCGAGGGGAGGGGUGGGCAGAAGCUGUUGCAGUAUUGA